UAUCUGUCAAACACAGAUACGCCUGGUGAUGUUAGACUGCUUUGUACAGGCAGAUACUUGCAGAACUCAUGUACAGCGUGUCUUAUGGCUGAUUGUUACAUUCUCACUGUGGAGGUUAGGUGAGCCGAGCAGAGCCAUAUUUAAUGUUCCUACCUUUGUGAGUGCAGAAACAAAGCGCCUGUGCCAUUAUGGUUGGUGUAUUAGUAUGUCGGGCGGUUAAAAUGCGCGUUCGGCUUUUUCCCCCUGGGUUGUUCAGGUUAAAAAAAAUGUUUUGGGGGUUAAAAUACUUGAUUUAAAAAAAUGGCUUAACCACAUCUCGCAGUGCCUAUGCUCUUCCAUCUGCUGGGCCGCCAUUACUCAGUCAUUCAACACGGUGAAAAGAGACCCGAUAGGCAAACCGCGAUUAAACAUCCGCCAUUGCUUUAUGUUUAGAGUCAUAUUAGAUUCGAACCAACUCGCUGUCGAGCUAGCCCUACCGGCCAUGUAGAAGAAAGCACCUUUAUCCCAAAUUUAGUGUUAUGUUUCAGAUAUUUUUUAAACCUCUGUUACAGUUGUUAUUUAUUUUAAAAGGAACAAUACAAAUUUUAAAAGGAGCGUCGUCAAAUAGGUACAUGUAAUAGUUCACGACAUUUCCCCGGUCACUGCAGUUAUAAAUGAAAAUAAUGAAAACUUCACCGUUGAUGUUUGCUAGCAUACACAUUUUGUCGGUCACAUCGACUUUUUCGGACAGCUCGUUGGCUUUUGAUCUUGAGGAUGGUUAUUCCUAAAUUGACCUAGAGUUGUAUGGAAAUUGUGCUACUUUUAAGUAGGGUUCAGUGAUGUUGGCCUGAAUGCCGGUUACAGUAUGUUUGGUUACACUGGCCAGUAUAGCUAACGAGCCUUAAUUUGACGAAGCAACAAAGGAGAUCGAAGAGUCGAGACCAGCAGUUUUGUUUUUUAUCUUACUUUAUUUUCCUGUGGGGAAGGGUAGGUCUAAUUUUUAUUUUUAUUGUAAGUUUAACUUUAGGUGGGGAUAAUUAUUUUAGCGCACAGGGCGGAGUUCGCUACUUAGAGAUAUGGCGACCAAUUUCGAACAAUUAUAGUCCUCCGUGCUUUGCUCGGCCUGUGCUAGGCGCUAGUGUUUACGUUAAAGUCGAAAAACACUAUCGAGACCCGUUGAUAGGGUCUAGCCGGGACUCCUCCCUGUGGCUGGCCAAUGGACGACUAACAGGGCAGGUCUACAUAUGGAGAAUAUGCUGAAGCAAGCGCUGUGAGUCUGUGCUUACGGGGAACAGUGGAGAGAGCUGCAAGAUGGAGAGCACAGUGGUCAGGACCUCAGACUCCUUCACUGAUGAAAAUUUUUAUUUGAAAUGGAUCAACAGUCUCCUGAAGACAAACUUCAAAAAUGUGGAGGAGAUGGGUUCAGGUGCGUGCCACUGUCAGAUGAUGGACUGUGUUUUUCCUGGAUCUGUUGACAUGACCAAGGUGAAGUUUGAUGCACAAAGUGAGGACGACUGUAAGCACAAUUUCAGUAUACUCCAUGAGGCCUUCAGCACAAAUGGUAUCACAAAGAAAAUUCCAGUUGAGAAGCUCAUAAAAGGGGAUUUUAACAGCAACUUUAAGUUCCUCAAGUGGUUCAAGAGCUUCUACACAGAAAAUGUGAAAAGUAAUGAUUACGACCCUGUGAAAGCUCGUGACAGCUGUGAUAUCAGCCCUAUUUUGGUGUCUCCUAAGUCAGAGAGAUCUAAAGAGUCUGACACGGAAGAAAACAGCAAAACGACUAAAAGGUUUCCUUACAGCGAGAAGUGGAAAGAUGUUUUUGCUUGGGCUGACCGCAGUCCUCGCGGAGACAACUAUACCUACUGUUCCUCUUGUGGUACUGACCUUAGCACUAUUAACAAAGGCUUUUUUGAACUUAAGCGCCACGUGGAAACAACCAAACACAGGAAAAGGGCUGCGAAGAAAAGAUGUGGUCCAAGAACACAGGUCACUGAGUCGCUGCCUUGCAGUGAUGAAGCUCUCCAGUUUAUUUACAAUCACUGUUACACUGGAUCUGCUAAAGGUCAGCAGGGAUCUAGACAUUUUGCACGCUGUAAGCUGGGAUCACAGUACCCCAAAGAUAUCAUAUCUGCCUGUGAAAACACUCCUUAUUGUUUAUACAUUUAUGGAGGGGUACCUGUAGGAAAAGAUGAAGCAGUCUCUGUGUUGCUUGUUGGGUUUUUUGAUGUUGAAGCCUCUAGUCGCCGCAUCAGAUUUCUGGAUGCUCUUCAGGCAGGGGACAGUGCAGGAGAUCAGUAUGCAGCAGCAGUUGUGGAUAGCUUGAAGAAAUUUGGGCUAUCCACAGAUAAUCUCGCUGCCGUUUAUCUAACUGGCAAUGGUUCAGCCACAGAGGAAAUCUGUUCUAAACUCAGGGAAUUCAACGCAAACAUCGUAGCCUUAGGAGGCCUGUACACCAUCGCUGAUGCUGCUUGUCGUGCUGCCAUCAAGGAGCUCUCCAAUCAGGCUCAAGAACUGAUGGUAGACCUCCAUGAACACUACUCCGCCUGCUCUACAAAGAAUGAAAACCUCAAAGAUCUUUUUGACUCAGAUGUCAGCAAUGACAGCGCAUCACUUCACACCAACACCAGCUGCUUUAGAGUUUGUCUGUUGGUCACAAAAAUAUUGGAAAUGUGGACCGAUCUCACACUGUACUUUAGUUCUUGCAAUGAAGAUGAGAAGACCAAGUCCAUCUGUUCUCAGCUUAAGGAUCCCAGAGUUAAGGCAAUGUUUAUGUUCCUGCAGCAGGCCUUAGAGCCUCUGCACAGUUUUCAAAGGAAAACACAGGAAGCUUCUGGUACUAAUAUUGAGCUUAUUCUAGCAGAAGCCAAUAGUCUGAUUUCCAUUUACACCUCCUACUUCCUCAGUCCACAGGCUGCUGAUCGUUUCCUCAUUGAACGUGAUGUCCAAAUUCUUAAGAACAAGAACUUUCACCUGCCAACCUCUGAACUCUGUCUGGGUAAAAAAACUGUGGAAGACUUUCUGAAAACAUCUGAAGCUGCUGAGGCACUGCCACUAUUACAGGAGGACGUAUUAUCAUUUUAUAUUGCACUCACUGGUUGUAUCGCAGAGGAGCUGCCUUUAAAUGACUCAGUGCUGAAGAGCAUCGCUCAGCUGCUGAACCCACAGAGCAGGCUGAAAGUGACAGAGGAAACAGUCGGGGAGCUGGGCACCAAGCUGGGAAUCUGCAACUCCCCUGAGGAAGUCAAACAGCUCACGAAUGAAUUCCUUGAGUAUCAGAAGGCUCAGGAGAAAGAGGCCGAGGAUGGAGGGAAGGACAGCGCAGCUGUGGUUUCACUGGAAAACAUAAUGAAUGACACCAAGCCAGCCUCGAUCUUCAGGAAGCUUCUUUUGAUCCUUUUGUCUUUCCCAUGUCCUCCGCUGGAUGCGCAGCAGGUUUUUACUCAGGCCUUGCAGAAUGAUCAUGUUCGUGGAGUCUCUGACAGUGAAGCCUUGACAGAAAGUGAGUUGGAUGUUACGUCUGACAAUUUCUCUGACAGCAGCAAGAACUAUCAAGUUCGUACACGAGGUCAGAAUGGCCUUCCUUUGAAAGUGAAACCAUGUGAAGUCCGCCUUACAAAAAUAGAGCCAGGUGAUGGAUAUGAAAAUAAACUUGGAGUGAAUGGUGCCUUAUGGAAAGAGGGGACCAUUAGGGGAAAUUUUGGCUGGGAGAGCAGCUUGCGCCAGAAGCCAAAGGCCCGUACAGUGUUUCAGGCUGGUGAUAACACCUGGUCCAAACCCAUAGGUCUUGAUAAGGACAGCAAAAAUGAACUGGGGUCCCAAGAUGAUGUGUCGGAAGACUCUUCAACGCCCAAUAAACACACACCAACCAGAGCACGACGUAAACCGGCCUACCAGGAUGGUAAAGGGUUUCUUACAGGAGUGCUGGUGUGGGGUAAGAUUAAGGGGUUUAACUGGUGGCCUGGGAUGGUGGUGGCAUGGAAAACCAAGUGUGCUCCUGUGGGUAUGCGGAGGGUGGAGUGGUUUGGAGACGGGAUGUUCUCAGAGGUAUACACUGAGGGUCUUACGCCAUUUGCUGCCUUCACUAGGUGCUUCUGCAAAAACUCCUUUGCCAGCUUGCCCGUAUACAAGAAAGCAAUCUACCAAAUCCUUGAGUUGGCAGGUGAGAGGUGUGGAAAGUCUUUUCCUGAGGCUCAAGGCAGUGAAGAAAAAGAGCUGAAGCUGAUGUUGGACUGGGCCUUUGAAGGAUUUCUGCCAACAGGACCUGAUGGAUUUAUACCUGUUGACUCUUCUCCACACGGUCAUUCCUCUGACUCGACUCUGUCUGACGCCCCGCCUCCGGCGAAAAGAAAAUAUGUUUUGAAAAAUAAGGGAAAUGUCCCCGCCAUCAUCUAUAACAAAGAAUCAAUAAUAGAAGGCGUCAAAGAAAAGGGAAAAACAAUUGAAGAUUUUUGUUUGUCUUGUGGAUCUACUGAUAUUGACGUCCAGCACCCAUUAUUUAAAGGUGGUCUUUGUCUAAAAUGCAAGGAGAACUUCACAGAAACCUUGUACCGCUACGAUGACGACGGCUACCAGUCAUACUGCACCAUAUGCUGUGCAGGCUUAGAGGUCAUUCUGUGUGGCAAUCCCAGCUGCUGCAGAUGCUACUGUAAGGACUGUGUGAACAUCCUGGUGGGCCCAGAAACCUUUGAUAAGCUGAAAGAUGUCGAUCCGUGGAGCUGCUACAUGUGCAAGCCAUCACAGUGUGAAGGAAACCUCAAACUCAGGGCAGACUGGAGUGUGAAGGUCCAAGACUUCUUUGCCAACAACAGCGCAAUGGAGUUUGAGCCUCACAGAGUUUACCCUUCAAUUCCUGCUGAUCAGCGCAGGCCAAUCAAGGUGCUCUCGCUUUUUGAUGGCAUUGCAACAGGAUAUCUGGUGCUCAAAGACCUGGGCCUUAAGAUCGAGCGCUACAUUGCCUCAGAGAUUUGUGAUGAUUCAAUUGCUGUAGGGAUGGUCAAGCACGAGGGAAAGAUUGAAUACGUCAAUGACGUUCGCACCAUUACAAGGAAACAUCUGGCCGAAUGGGGUCCUUUCGAUCUUCUGAUUGGAGGCAGUCCAUGUAACGACCUGUCCAUGGUGAACCCUCUUCGAAAAGGAUUAUUUGAGGGUACUGGAAGACUCUUUUUUGAGUUCUACCGCAUACUGACCUUGUUGAGGCCGAAAGAGGACGACAACCGUCCGUUUUUCUGGUUGUUUGAAAACGUGGUUUUCAUGAGUGCCAACGACAAAUCGGAUAUCUGCAGAUUCCUAGAGUGUAAUCCAAUUCUUAUCGAUGCAGUAAAAGUCAGUCCUGCUCAUAGAGCACGCUACUUUUGGGGAAACCUGCCUGGCAUGAACAGACCUGUUGCGACAUCUCUAGACGACAAGGUGACUCUGCAGGAUUGUUUGGAAUCCGGACGCCAGGCAAAGUUUGACAAAGUCCGUACUAUCACAACAAAGUCUAACUCAAUAAGGCAGGGGAAGAUGGGACCGCUGCCCGUCGACAUGAAUGGCAAGGAAGACUACCUGUGGUGCACUGAAAUGGAACAGAUUUUUGGUUUCCCCAAACACUACACUGACGUGAACAACAUGGGCCGGAUGCAAAGGCAGAAAGUCCUGGGUCGCUCCUGGAGUGUGCCUGUGAUUCGUCACCUGUUUGCCCCGCUGAAGGAUUAUUUUGAAUGUGAAUAACCACUGUGAAGCAAAUCCUUGCAUCAGAGCUGGAGCGGUAAACCUGAUGCCUUAUCCUGCCCCGCCUUGCUAGUUAGUUUAAACUCUCCGGUCUCUCUUUAGAGGACCGAAUGUAGCUUUGACUUUUAGAAAUAUUUUGUUCAUGAAUUCAUUUCUUUUUUGUUUUAUCCUGUCAGUCAUCAAUGAUCCUCCACCACCAGCAGGCACAGACACUUUUUGGUUCUUUUAAGAAAUUAGGUUGCUCAGAACACAGGCCUGCAUCAUGAAGUGAGCUGAGGUGGUUUGCGAGCCAUCUUUGGGCUUUUAUGGAUCAGUGGAGUCUCCUUGCUUACCUUAAUCAUGAAUGGAAAGAUCAUAGCCGCUUAUCAAAUCCACAUAUUGAUUUUAAUUAGGUUUUUAAUUAAAUAUGACUGCAGUGUUUUUGUAUGACAGGCUACAGUCAGGGUUUGGGGGUUUUUUUUUUACUCUGUAUGAUGUGAAAAGAUGCACAGGAAGUGUUCCUGUUAUGGUUCAGUGUCAGCGAUUUCAAACUGAUAACAUGCACGGUUAGCGGUAACUUUAUGUCCGCAGUGAAGCAUACAAGAGCCAGAUAUUUCCCUCUGGACCCACAGCAGAGCCAAAACACACUAAACGCAUCUUUUGCCUCAGCUUUUCUUCCUCUGGCCUUACGUGGCCUAAAAUCAGUCACUAUAGGAUUAAUUUGUUCUUUCGUCUGUUUUGCUUAUAAAAUGAGACAAAUAUGUAGACCCUGAGCCCGGUCCAAGGUCCCAGAGAGCCGCUGAACUCCCUUCGUGAUGCAGGCCUCCUCACUACCUCAGCAAUGGUUUCAAAUCUGCAGCUACAGGUGAACACAAACCAUUAUUGCUUUGUGAUCUGUAUUUUAUCAUGUUUUUAUUGUUUUUAUUGUUUAAUCCUUCCAGGCCGGGAUUUUAAGUCCGACCUAAUCCUUACUGUGAUGAAUUUUAUUGCGUUUUACUUACAUUUUUUAAUCUUUAAACACUGUUUUACUCAGUCUGAAGAAUCCCACCAUGGUGCUUCUAAUAGUGGUGAUUUUUACCCCACAAGUGGGCAUUUGUGCUACAAUUCUGUCUUUUUUUAAGGAGUUUUACUUACACAAGAUCAAAAAUAUUUUGAAUCUGCUUACUGACGACAAGCUGAGUAUUUUAAUAAGCCACACAAGUCAGACUUUGUCAGACUUUGUCAGAACAUGCAGUGUUUACUAAAGUGGGAAAUAGUUAUGGCUAAAUGACUGUAACUAUGGUUUAAUUGCUGUAAAACAAAAAGGGCAGGUAUAUUUAUAACAUGAAAAAGGUAUAUGAUGUAGAAUAUAACUAUUAAACAUUCAAACCUUCAUUUUCAGGUUUCCCCCCUCUAAAUGGUUAUUUUUUAUUUCCAGUGGUUUCUUUUCUGGCCAGUAAAAAAGUUAAUUUCUUGUGUUUUAAAGAAUAGUUUAAUAGGUUCUGAAACUAAAUAAAGCCCUUAACAUCAUUUGAAGAAACAACCUUUGAUUUUAUGUUCAAAAUCUGUAUUUUGUUAAAGGGAUAUCCACUGGAGUUGAAGUGGGGCUGGGCUGUACUUUAAUGUAAUACCACAUUGUACCACAGCAUGGUAAACUGGGUCAGUGUAACCCUUAUUUAACAAUGUAGGCCAUUCAAAGUUCACUAAUAUUUGCAGUCCUGGCCUGGUAAUGUUUCUGGGUGUGUACAAAGUACACAUCCAGAAACAUUUCAACACACCCACUGAUAAAUGCUGCCCCCUCAUGGUGAAAGUUUAAAUUCACAGAGGGGAAGUUCUAAAAGUACUUUGAGGCAACUAGCUGCCAAACAUUGUUAACAAAUUGAAUAAUUAUUAAUUUUUAAUUAGAAAAAUAAAAUAAAAACUGUUAAUUCAUCUGCUGCGUUCAUGUGUAAAACUGCUGAACUGUAAAAUAAGACUGUCAUUGUAGAAAAAAAAAUGGGGUACAGUAGUGCAACUUUUCAUGCAACAUUUAACUGUUUCAUAGUUAGAUUCAAUAUUAUGUGGCAAUUUUUUAAAUUUCAUAGUGUUUGUGUAUGUAUUUUGUACUCAGCAUCCAUAUUUUCUGAUUUUCAUCAAGCAGUAAACACGAAACUGCACCAGGACAUAAGUUUUACAAGUUUUAUCAAAACUGCAGCCUCAAACAAGGACCUGAAACGUCUGCUAAUCUGCUGGUCCAUGUCUAAUUACAUGGCCUAACAGCUGCAGCUAUUUGCUAGAGAAAAUUACAUGAUAAUCUUUUUUAAUUCUAUUGUUCAGGUUAUGUAUCAAGCAAAGAAAAAAGAAAUCACCAGUGAUUGUUUCAGUUUCUCAAAUGUGCUUUUCUAUCCCUGAGAUCAUAAUAAAUUCAUAAUAAUUAACAAUCAAAUAAUGACAGUUUAGAAUUAUUUUUAUUUUCUUUUAGUUAUUUUUUUUAAAGCGAGUUCUCAGUUUCAGGGUCCUAAAAUUGCUCUUUUUUUCCCUUUUAACCAAAUAUAAGCUGAAUAGCUCUGGGGAAAAUUACUGGUCUGUGGUGUUCAUGCUUUGUAACAUUUUUCUGUAGUUCAAAAUCUACAGUUCAUUGUUUUGAAAGUGUAAUCAGCAGAAUGAUUAAUUGUUACUUCCAGCACUAAUUUUUGGGGAUUAUGAUGAUGUUGCUAACUGAGGACGAGGGGGGGGACAACACACUCGUCAUGUCGUGCUGCAGAAAAUCGUACUGUAAUCAUGUUUUUCAGUUCUCCAAACUGUUUGUUGAUUAAUCAGGUAAAUGAUGGAGAGACUAAUAAUAGAAAUGCACUGUUUCAAAGCGACAUCAGGUAACAUCAGUGCUGAUGCUUCACACAAACCACUGAUGCAGACCUGAACAUUUGGUGCUGUUUUUAAAAUACUGUAAGGUUUAAGUUUUUGUUAUGUUAGUUUUACUGAAGAUUUAGUACCCUUCAUCCUGAGUCACUGUGUUUGAUCGCAUAAUUAUUUCGUACUGUCAACAUAUUCACACAACAGAGGCUGAAAGUUGGAUGUUGUUUUUUUACCUCAUUUCUUUUGGGAUUUCUGAUGGUGCUACUGCAACGGUGCUAACUUUGCAUGCUUGUUACACUCUUUUUUUUUUUUUUUUCCCCCCAUCUUAUGCUGACAUUAGUUGAAAGUGAACUGUGUAGGUUUUUGUUUUGCAGUGUACUCGGAUGUUCAAGUGUUUUUGUUUUAACCAAAUGAUGUAGAAAAAUAUUAGCAUGAUAGUUAAUUAUCUUUGUGAAGGGGGAAAAAUGUUGGGGCAUAAUGAAAGUGUUCAUAGGAUUUUACUCAGGCAUUACAAAAAAAAAAGGUGCUGUUAAAGGAAAAAGUUUGUCUUUUAGUUUCAUUUAUGUCUGAACUAAUUUAGCCAAAAAUGCCUUUCCUUGAGCCAAAAUCUGUUUUACUGAUAACAAAAUAAAGACCAACAAAACUGGGA